AUGGCCGAACUUAUUGACAAAAAGCCAGUGAAAGGAAUUCUAAAAAAUGCGUCAAGCUUUGAUACAUCUGACCGCUCUGAGGGCCAACAACCGCAGAAGUCGAUAGAUAAAGGAAUGAAAUGGGAUGAAAUGAAUAUCCUAGCCACUUAUCACCCUGCAGACAAGGACUAUGGCCACGACAAAAUCGACGAACCUCCGACCCCAUACAACAAAUUCGAUGGGGAGGGAGAUGAAACGAGGAGUGGAGAUGAGGAUGAGUCCCUCCCUAUUGAUCCACAACUUCUUGUUGAAGGACUGACGAUGAAGACAAAGGCAAAGGUGUUCACUAAAGUCGACACCAUCAGUAGUGGUGAGGAUGAGGAUGAUGAGGAGUUUCUGUCCGAAGAAGAAAAAGAGAAGAAGAGACGUUUCAUAUUGCACCGCAAGCAACAUUACAAUGAGUUCCAGGCCAUCAAACUAGCCAGACAGCUACUGCAAGAGGAAGAUGAUGACGACGACGAUGAUGGUGAGCGAGUGAGUGAAUGA